AUGAAUUUUAACAAAAUUUUUGGUGACAUAACUUUAACAAUUGAUAAAUUACAAGCAAAUUUACAGGGUCAAGCGGAACAGUUGCAUCUUUUAAUUAAACAUGUUUCGGAUCUAGAAAUAGAUAAAGAAUUAAAUGCAAGUAGAAUUAAAGCGUAUGAACUUGUUCGUCUAACUGAAUGGGCAAAAAGAGAGCAGGAUGUGAUGGUGUUAUUGAAUCUCGAAAAAAAAACUGUACCGACACCGAUAUACAAUGACCAAAUUCAAAAUCAUCGGUAUGUUAUUAGUUUAACACAACCAAUCGAACAAGAACUUAAGAAGAUAUUCAAUUUAAAUAUUGAAUUAUUGGAUCUUCGUAAAAUUGCAUCUGAUCGAAAUAUCUAUGCUCAUCAAAAUGUUGAUACAGUUGAUCAACAAAAAGAUUUUUUGAACGAAUGUCGAAAUUUUGAAUUUUCAGCACAUUACCAGUACACAAAUAUAUUGGAAAUGCUCAUCGGAAAACUAACUGAACUUGAAAAUGCUAAACCAGAUACCCAAUUAAAGACAUUGAAGAAUUAA